AGAAAUAAAUAUAAAGACACACUUCACAUUCCCUUGAAUUACAAUAUUGUUAAUUAUUUUCACAGUAAUAUGAAUUGUAAUCUUAUAAAUAUCUUCAAGUUUGUUUUAUGAAAUUUCAACAUGAAGAAUGCUACUGAAGUUAACAUAUUUUUGCUAAAGGGUUUCACAGAUAAUCUUGAACUGCAGAUCAUCUUCUUCUUCCUGUUUCUAGCCAUCUACCUCUUUACUCUCAUGGGAAAUUUAGGAUUGAUUGUACUGGUCGUUGGGGAUUCCCGGCUCCACAAUCCCAUGUACUAUUUUCUGAGUGUUUUGUCUUCCGUGGAUGCCUGUGUUUCCUCAGUUAUUACCCCAAAUAUGAUAGUAGAUUUCAUGUCAAAGAACAAAGUCAUUUCAUUCCUUGGAUGUGCAGCACAGAUGUUUCUUGCUGUUACUUUAGGGACCACAGAAUGCUUUCUCUUAGCAGCAAUGGCUUAUGAUCGCUAUGUAGCCAUCUACAACCCUCUCCUGUAUGCACUGAACAUGUCACCCAGAGUCUACAUGCCACUCAUCAUUGCUUCCUAUAUUGGUGGAAUUCUGCAUUCUACGUUACACACGGUGGCCACUUUUAGCCUCUCCUUCUGUGGGUCCAAUGAAAUUAGACAUUUCUUUUGCGAUAUCCCUCCUCUCCUUGCUAUUUCUAGUUCUGAUACUUAUGUAAACCAGCUUCUUCUCUUCUACUUUGUGGGCUCCAUUGAAAUAGUCACCAUCCUGAUUGUUCUGAUCUCCUAUGGCUGCAUUCUGUUGGCUAUUCUCAAGAUGCACUCUGCUGAAGGGAGACGAAAAGUGUUCUCUACAUGUGGCUCUCACCUAACUGGAGUGGCAAUUUACCAUGGGACAAUCCUCUUCAUGUAUGUGCGACCCAGUUCCAGCUACGCUUUGGAAUAUGACAUGAUAGUGUCGAUAUUUUAUACCAUUGUGAUUCCCAUGCUGAAUCCCAUCAUCUACAGCUUGAGGAACAAAGAUGUAAAAGAGGCAAUCAAAAGAGUGUUUGGGAAAAAUUGGUAUAUAAUGUAUUUUUCACACUAA